UGAAGACCGGGGAAGAUUUGUACUGGCCGGAGAGAAAAGCCAUCCGGGUGUAGAGAUGGGUUCCAUCUGGCGUAAGAAAAUGACUCCAUUUCCCUACUACUUUGGCUGAUGAAGGGUUUGCUUAGAAGAUCAUGCCUGAUAGUCCUCACAGUCUUUGCAUCUAAGGGACGGCUUCUUGAGAUGGUGAUUCCGGAAGGUAAAACUCGUUGCGCUGUGAAUACGUAGGAGACGGAUCGUUGACAGGAAGAGAAAGGAACUCUAUGGGUAACUCUUGUGGGUGGAAGGUUAUUGGUCAGCCAUGGUAAAACUUGCGAAUCCACUUUACACAGAGUGGAUUCUUGAAGCCAUACACAAAGUCAAAAGGCAGAAGCAGAGGCCCUCGGAAGAGAGGAUCUGCCAUGCCGUUUGCGGAUCCCACGGCUUGGAUAAGAAGACCGUUUCCGAGCAGUUGGAGCUGAGCGUCCAGGAUGGCUCUGUUCUCAAAGUUACCAACAAAGGCCUUGCGUCCUACAAGGACCCAGAUAACCCCGGGCGCUUUUCAUCUCUUAAGCUGGACGAGAUUCCCAAACCCUCCAAAGGAUCUAAGGGAGCCUGUGGCGAGCUUCGAAACGUGGAUUGGAAUAAACUUCUGCGGAGAGCCAUUGAAGGGCUUCAGGAUCCAAAUGGAUCUUCCCUCAGAAACAUAGAGAAGUACCUGAGAAGUCAACAUGACCUGGCAGGGAUCUUCAACAACCCGGUCUUUCAGCGGAGAUUACGCCUGGGGGCCAAGCGGGCGGUCAAUAGUGGGAGAUUAUUGAAAGAAGGACCUCAGUACAGGCUGAGCCAAGGUGGCGUGGAAGGCCGAGGGGCCUAUAAAUACAGCUCAUUUCCUGCCUCCCUGCCGCCCGUCAGCCUCCUGCCUCACGAAAGGGACCAGCCCCGGGCUGAUCCCAUCCCCAUAUGUAGCUUCUGUCUGGGGACAAAAGAGUCCAACCGUGAGAAAAAGCCAGAGGAACUCCUCUCCUGCGCUGACUGCGGUAGCAGCGGGCACCCAUCCUGUCUUAAAUUUUGUUUGGAGUUAACGACGAACGUGAAGGCCUUAAGAUGGCAGUGCAUCGAGUGCAAGACCUGUAGCGCCUGCAGGAUCCAAGGCAAAAAUGCAGAUAACAUGCUUUUCUGUGACUCUUGUGACAGAGGUUUCCACAUGGAGUGCUGUGACCCGCCACUUUCUCGAAUGCCAAAAGGCAUGUGGGUUUGCCAAGUCUGCAGGCCAAAGAAAAAGGGGAAGAAGUUGCUUCAUGAGCGCGCUUCCCAGAUACGGCGACGCUACACAAGGCCUAUUGGACGACCAAAAAACAAACUAAAGCAACAAAUGUUGUCUGCUCCCAGUGCCGAAGGAUCCAAGAGCGCAUUCCCAGGAAGGGGGUCACCUGGUAGGGGUCAAAAGACUAAAGUCUGUACCACACCUUCAUCUGCUCAUGCUGCACCUGUGAAGGAUUCAAGCAGCAGAUUGGCUGUUCCAGACCUCACCUGGCCUGGUGCCACCGCCACCAAACUCACCUCCACCAUCACCUCCACCUACAUACCUGCCGCUCCACUUAAAGUAAACAAGAAAACCCAGGGGCUCAUUGACGGCCUCACUAAGUUUUUCACACCAUCACCCGAUGGUCGCAGAUCACGAGGUGAAAUAAUUGACUUUUCAAAGCAUUAUCGUCCAAGGAAAGUGGCCUCCCAGAAACCCUCCUGUACUUCUCAUGUGUUGGCUACAGGUACAGAAAUCAAAAUAAGCAUCAAACAAGAAAAUUCGGAUCUGUUUGUGGUGGGAAGCAAGAACUUUGUUACAGAAGAAGAUCUGAACAUGUUUAAACAGGCCCAGGAACUGGCAAUGGAGAAGAUAGGCUGUAAAAACGGCGGAGAGGUCAAUGGACGUUACCCUUCUGUGAUAGAAUUUGGAAAAUAUGAGAUCCAGACUUGGUACUCCUCACCUUAUCCCCAUGAAUAUGCAAGACUAUCAAAGCUUUUCUUGUGUGAAUUCUGUCUUAAAUACAUGAAAAGUAAAAAUAUCUUGCUAAGACAUGCAGAGAAGUGUGGCUGGUUCCAUCCUCCAGCCAACGAGAUCUACAGGAGGAAGGACCUUUCGGUGUUCGAGGUUGAUGGGAAUAUCAGCAAGAUUUAUUGCCAGAACCUUUGCUUGUUAGCAAAGCUCUUUCUCGACCACAAAACCUUAUACUAUGAUGUCGAGCCGUUCCUUUUCUACGUUCUCACCAAGAAUGAUGAAAAAGGGUGCCACUUAGUUGGAUACUUCUCAAAGGAAAAGCUCUGCCAGCAGAAGUACAACGUCUCCUGCAUCAUGAUCAUGCCCCAGUACCAAAGGCAAGGAUUUGGGAGGUUCCUUAUCGAUUUCAGUUACCUGCUUUCUCGAAGAGAGGGACAGGCCGGGUCACCUGAAAAGCCUCUGUCCGACCUCGGCCGGGUCUCGUACCUGGCUUAUUGGAAAAGUGUCAUCUGGGGAUACCUUUCCUGCCACCACGAGAAGCAGAUCAGCAUCAAGGCGAUGAGCCGAGCCACCGGGAUGUGUCCCCACGACAUCAUUACCAUCCUCCAGCACCACAGCAUGAUUGACAAGCGGGAAGAAAAGUUUAUGGUAAUUAGAAGAGAGAAAUCGAUCUCCCGUUACAUGGAGAAACUGAAAGGCCAUCCACGCGUCAAUGAAGUGGACCCGGAAAGUUUGCGGUGGAGUCCUCUCCUGGUUCCGAACGUGGCGGUUUCCGAGGAAGAGAGGGAAGCUGAAAAAGAGGCUGAGCGGUUGAUGGAGCAAGCAAGUUGCUGGGAGAAAGAGGAGCAGGAGCUCCACUCCGCAAGAGGGAGCAGGCAAUUGCCCGAAAAAGCCCAGUCGAAAAGCAAGUAUUUGCGACCUCAAGAAAAUCCGGCCGCACUGAUGGAGAGAGAGAAGCCCACAGGCUCACCGGAAGAAAGCAGCGGAGAAGAGGAGGCGAUGGAGGAGGAGGAGGAAGAGGAGGAGGAAGAAGAAAAGGAAGAAGGGGAGGAGGAGGAGGAGAUGGAUGGACGUCAUCGGAAUUCUCCUCCGAGGCUGGCGAAACCCCAGUUGCUUGCAAUGAAGAGAAAGAGACCUUUCCUAUUGAAAAAGAAAAGGGGUCGUAAACGCCGAAAGAUUAAUAGUAGCGUUACAACGGAGACCAUUUCUGAAACCACCGAAGUUUUAAAGGAACCUUUUAAUUAUUCGGAAGAAGAGCAGACCCUGAUGCAGCUGGAGCCGACCUGUGAAACGGAGGGAGAACGUGACAGAGGGAAGACUGGGGGUGCAGCCGCGUCCCAACACCCGUCUGGGGAAGAGGAAGAACAGGAACAGGAAGAGGAGGAGCAGGAGCAAGACGACCGGUGUAACCGGAAUGAGAGUCCAUGCAGAGUUACGGCCGAAGAGGAUGCGGAUGUCCUUAAAGAAAGCACGGAAGACAAUCCUGAGCCUGCCAUGCAUAAGCAGGGUUGGCCUAAAAGCGUAAAGCAGCCUUCGUCCAGGCGGAGGCAAAACAAAGAGAGAAAACCAGGGUUUAAACUGAAUUUGUACACGCCACCUGAGACCCCGAUGGAGCCCGACCGUCAGGGGAAGGCAGAGGAGGCCGAAGAGGCGGCUGGAAGCAGCCCAGGCCCAGCUUCCUCCCUGCCAGAAAAAGGGGAAAACUCCGAACCCGUUUCCUCAAACGAGGGUGAAGGGAGAGAUCCGGUGCCUGAGUAUCCAGAGCUUCCCCGGACACAAAAGGCAGAUGAGGUGGAUGAAAGCAACGUGGAAAUGGAAGGUGUGAAGAAGGACCGACGAGAGGAGGAGACCCUGGAGAAAGAGGAGCCUGCAGAAGAACUUGAGGGGAAGGAGCGGUGUCAUCGUGAGGAGGAACCGGGUGACGAGGAUGAGGCCGAGGGCCACCCGGGUCCAAAGGGAAGGGAAACCGAGGAGGUCGUCUCAAGUGAAGCUUUUGAAGAAGUUCUUGAGAGCCGAGAGCCUUUUUUAGAGCCCGAGGAACUGAGAGGCAGGCCAGACGAAAUGGACUUGAUGGACUGUAAAUCUGGCCUUUUGCCCAAGGGUAGCAGUGAUCUUAAAGAGCUUCCUGCUAUCCUGGAACCCGGGCCUGACCCAAGAGAGGAAAGCACGGGACACUCCGGGGAAACCAGCAGCAACGAACUCAACGGUGUAUUCAAGGAGACGGAUUCAGAAACGCUGGAAAUAGACCCUGAGACCAUCCAGGCAGUCAAGUCUCUAACCCAGGAAUCAGCAGAGCAGGAGGACGUCUUCCAGGACUGUGCGGAGACCCAGGAGGCCUGCCGGAGCCUGCAGAGUUACGCCAAACCUGGCCAGAGUCCGCAGGCCGUUGCCUUGGAGGACUGUCAGCAGCCGGAGCACAGCAGCCCCGUUUCCUCCGUCCCAGCCCAGCCCAGCCAGUCGGUUUGUUCUGCCAGCAGCCCAAACGUCCCGGCGGUGGAAAACACUUUCGCUCAGAUGGGUUCCGAUCAGGGCGGCGUCUCGGUGUCCUCCCUGCAGAACAUGGAAACCAGCCCCAUGAUGGACGUCCCGUCCGUGUCGGACCACUCCCAGCAGGUUGUCGACAGCGGGUUUAGUGAUCUGGGCAGCAUUGAGAGCACGACGGAGAACUACGAGAACCCGAGCAGCUACGACUCCACCCUGGGCAGUAACCUCUGCGGGAACAACGCGCCGCAGAACAGCUGCCCAUACAACGCUCUCCCUUCGAGCAGCCUGACCCAGAGCAGCUGCGCCGUGACACAGCCGAGGCCGGGCAUGAGCAGCAGCUGCAGCCUAAUGCCCAAUGCCAGCAUCCACUCGCCCCCUCCCUGCAGCGUCAAAUCCCCCCAGGCCUGUGGGGUCGAGAGGCCCCCCAGUGGCAGCCAGCAGCUCCCCCAGUGCAGUCUGGCCGCCAACUUCAGCCCGCCUCUACAGCUGAGUGACCUCUCCGAGGCCGGCAGUGCCAACGUCGGCUUGUACGAGCGGGUGGGCCAGGGGGAGUUCGGGGCAGGACAUUACCCGCAGCCCUCCGCCACCUUCAGCCUGGCUAAGCUGCAGCAGCUGACCAACACCCUGAUGGACCCUUCGUUGCCUUACAGCCAUUCGGCUGCCGUCGCCUCCUAUGCAAACGGGGCCUCCCUCUCCCCCGCGCUCAGCAGCCCAGGGCUGGUCCAGCUCGCUCAGCCCCCCCACCCGGUUCCCGGAGGAGGCCAAGUGCAGGCCACCAUGACCCCGCCCCCCAACCUCACCCCGCCUCCCAUGAACCUGCCCCCUCCCCUUCUGCAGCGUAACCUGGCUGCCUCUAAUGUUGGCUUGUCCCACACCCAAAGACUACAAACGCAGAUGGCCAGCAAGGGCCACGUGUCCGUUAGAACUAAGUCGUCCUCUCUGCCGCCGCCACCAGCCGCCGCCGCCCAUCAGCCACAACUUUACGGGCGCGCCUCGCAGUCUGUGGCCAUACAAGGGCCGCCCCGCACCUUAACCAUGCAGCGUGGCAUGAACAUGAACGUGAACCUUAUGCCAGCUCCGGCUUACAAUGUCAACUCCGUGAAUAUGAACAUGAACACGCUGAACGCCGUGAAUGGCUACGGCAUGUCUCAGCCGAUGAUGAACGGAGGCUACCACGCCAAUCCCGGUUACAUGAAUCAAACCGCCCAGUACCCCAUGCAGGUGCAGAUGGGGAUGAUGGGCUCCCAGACUUACGCCCAGCAGUCCAUGCAGACCAACCCCCACAGCAACAUGAUGUAUUCCCCUCCAGCCCAUCACGGCUACAUAAACCCCAAGCAAUCUCUGAACAGCUCCUACAUGCGGAGAUAG